AUGCAGCAGCGCGCAGAAAGUGGAUUUUAUCGGGAGCACUUUGCUCUGAUUUACCAAUACGCGCCUCAGAUCCCCCCUCUACCGUCUCCACUCCUCCCUACGCCUCGGCUGCCUUUGCUGGGGCUGACCUCUGUGCCUUCUUCCAGGGGAUACGCCAAGGACCACGAGGGCAGCUGGUUCCGCUCGCUCUUCGUCCACAAAGUGGAUCCCCGCAAGGAUGCCCACUCCACGCUCUUGUCGAAGAAAGAGACCAGCAACCUCUACAAGAUCCAGUUUCACAACGUGAAGCCGGAAUGCCUGGACGCUUACAACAGCCUGACUGAGGAGGUGCUGCCCAAGCUGCACUCGGACCCCGAUUACCCUUGCGACUUGGUGGGGAACUGGAACACAUGGUACGGCGAGCAAGACCAGGCAGGCCAGGCCUUGCUCUCUCGUUGCAGUGCACCUGUGGCUGCUCGCCCCUCCGGAUCCCUCUGCUGCGGCAUCUGCCCUCGCCCCUCCAGCGUGUCCUCUGACCUGAAUGAGUACCUGGCGUUCCGCCAAGAGAGGAGUAAAAUGCUGCUGUCCCGUCGCAACCAGCUGCUCCUGGAGUUCAGCUUCUGGAACGAGCCUUUGCCCCGGGCCGGACCCAACGUCUACGAGCUGAGGACGUACAAGCUAAAGCCGGGGACGAUGAUCGAGUGGGGGAACAACUGGUAAGCACCCUGCCUUCCGGCCGCCUUGUAUUCCUGUCCGGCCGAAGGAGCCGAUUUUAUCCAGGGCCGUGCCGAGUGCAAACCACGCCCGGAUCUCCCCGGGUCGUAACGUCCCCGUGAUCGCUCCAAAGAGCAAGGUCUCCGGGUCGUUCGCUGGAAACGCCGGCUCCGCGUGCAGCGGCCGGCGACAAAGCCGACCGGAUGAGAGGAACCGUUCCAAAACGGGAAGAGAAUAAGACCGAGACUGUCGUACCACCGCCGUGUAAAUCCAGGAGACGCCCCCAGCUUGAAUCCGGCGCCCAGACGUGGCUGCCUCAUCCCGCCCAAGAUCUCUCGGCGCUGGAACAGGUCCAGAAAAGGGGCAACCAAAAUGAUGCCGGGUUUGGAACGGGGGCUCGUAGGAAGAGCGAUGAAAAAGACGGGGAGGUUUCCGCUUGGAAAAGAGGAGACUAAGGGGGGAUAGGAGAGAGGGCUAUAAGAUCGUGCCGGGUGGGGGAAAAGUUGUCGGCGUCUUCCCGCAAUCUAAGGACGCACGACGAAAUGAACAGGCAGCAGGUUUCAAGCACAAGGGUGGUUUUCUUCAACCUGUGGAACUCCUCGCCGCAGGACGUGGCGCAGGGCCAGGACUUGCACAGAGUCCCAAAAAGAGCGGAAUAGACGGACGAGGGCGGUUUUCCUCACGCUGCGUUGA